AUGGUAUAUGCCGGUUUUGACAUUGUUCCUCGCUUGUCCAGGGAUGGCAAAGAUAAACAGGACUGGGAAAAGUUUCUAAAUAUUGUUCAAGAAGUGUACGAAGAUGAUCCCCGUGUCGAGGUGAAAGCCAACUGGAUUGAGUUCAAUGUGGGCGAGUAUGCGUUAUUACCCCUGGAAGGUCACAGAUUCUUGCGGUUUAGUGCAAACAUCGCCGACAGUACUGCCGAUAGCACUGGUGCUGGGAAGUAUAUUGAGAUUGUUGGGCGGAUCGCGAAAAUGGUCUUCGGGCCUCGGAUUCACGAUUGGCACGAGGUAUCGGAUGGAUUUGGCCACUACGGCUGGGAUGUUGUCAACGACAAUGCGACGGAAAUGUACAGAGAGUUUGGUAAACCCAACUCCCAAGACGCUACGAGCAACUCGAACUCCCUUCCCGAAGCGACCUCAAGAACUCAGCAGCCCUGUUAUACCAUUCAAAAUAUUGCCGGCAAGGGUCAAGCCUUAAUCGCACGCAUCGAUAUCGCCAAGGGGACACGAAUCGUACGGGAGAAGCCCCUUCUCAUCGUCCAUCCUGGGCCACCCCAGAGAUUAGAGUUGGAGCUGACGCUGAAGCUCAAACUUCAUCCCAAGGAACAAGAGAAACAGUUCCGUUCGUUGCAUAAUUGCUUUGCCGGCGAGCAUCCACUCACUGAGAUUGUGAUAACAAACGGCCAAUCCUGUGGACGCCCCUCGAAUAACCUGGCAGUCUGUGCUACCAUAUCUCGGGUCAACCAUAGCUGCCUCCCCAAUUCAGUCAGUGACUGGAAUAAUGACCUGGAAGUGCAAUCUUUAAAUGCAAUCAAGGAUAUAAAGGCUGGAGAAGAAAUAACCAUUUCUUAUCUUCCUGAAAACGUUCCAAGGAUCUUACGCCAGAUCGCGUUAAAGAAGUGCUGGGCGUUCGAUUGUCAAUGCGAUGCAUGCUCUCUACCCCCACAACAACUGAUUUUAAGUGAUCACCGCCGAAAGCUUAUCUCGGCCCUUGAGCCUAUGCUGGAGGGGAUAAGAUGCAUUAUAGACCCUGUGGGCUACCUCAAAGACAUACGGUAUACUCUUCAACUUCUCGACGAGGAGUACAAUGAUAUGACACAUCCUUCAGCUAUUAAUGCUUACCGCAAUGCGUACUUUCUAUGUGUCUUCCACGGCGAUCAAGCACGAGCCUCCGCCUUCGCCAUGAGGGCGUACGAGUGUAUGGAAAUCUGCCUGGGACGAGAUAAUCUGUGUGCACAGCAUAUCAAAUGCUUGGCGGAGGAUCCAGAAUCUUUGGGCCCGGAAGACAGCGUUUCCAAUCUAUGGGAAAGUCGGGACAAGACACCGCCUUCCGGUCUCAGUCAGGAAGAGUUUGAGAAAUGGCUUUGGAAACAUGCAUCUCAGUAA